AAGAUGAAGCUACGGAAAAUCAAGAACCAGAACUAGAUAAAUCAAAUUCUUUAAAUGGAAAUAAAGAUGAAGCAUCAGAGUUUAUGCUUUCAAUUCCUACACCAUCCCCUAAUGAUAGCAUGAUUGAAAACGUCGAGUCAUCAUCUUCUACUACAAAUAGUCAGUCUGAAGAAGAUGGUAAAGGUAAAUAUGCAGAAUCAACAGAAAAAAAAAUUAUGAUUUCUAACGAUAGUCAAAGCACGUCACAAAACAUGUCACAAGCUCAAAAUUCAAAUACGCAGAUGAUUUGUCAAAAUAAUACGGUACUCGGACCUGUGAACGACCAGAAGUCAUUUAAGGAUCAUGAUGACACGUUUGCAUCUAAAGAUAUGUCACUUGUAUCGAUGAUUGGCCCAACUUCAAUUGGACGUCAUGAUACUACAUCUACGUCAGUGUGUCCUUGUGACAUGACAUUGGUAUCGAUGGUCAACCAGUCUCCAUCUGGUAAUCACGAAAUUACAAACACAUCAGUGGAUGCUCAAGACAUGACUUUGGCAUCAAUGGUUGGUCUACCUCCAUCUGAGAAUUGUCAUACGUCAAUGAAUGUUCAAGACACGACGCGAAUAUCGAUGGCCAACCAGCCUUCAUCUGAGAAUGGCACAUCAAUGAAUGUUCGAGAUAUGACUUUGGCAUCAAUUGUUGGUGUGUCUCCGUCUGAGAAUUGUCAUACGUCAAUGAAUGUUCAAGACACGACGCGAAUAUCGAUGGUCAACCAGCCUUCAUCUGAGAAUUGCACUUCAAUGGAUGUUCGAGAUAUGACUUUGGCAUCAAUGGUUGGUGUGUCUCCGUCUGAGAAUUGUCAUACGUCAAUGAAUGUUCAAGACACGACGCGAAUAUCGAUGGUCAACCAGCCUCCAUCUGAGAAUUGCACUUCAAUAGGUGUUCGAGAUAUGACUUUGACAUCAAUGGUUGGUGUGUCUCCGUCUGAGAAUUGUACAUCAAUGGACCUUCGAGACAUGACUAUUGCAUCAAUGGUUGAUAUGUCACCAUCUGGGAAUAAUACACUAAUAAAUGUUAAAGAAAUGACUUUAGCAUCAUUAGCCGACCAGUCACCACCUAAAUCAAUGGGUGAUAAAAAUAUGACUCCAACAUCAAUGAUCAACCGAUCUCCAUCUGAAUCAAUGGGAGAUAAACUAACACCAAUAAUCAACCAAUCUCCAUCUAAAUCAAUGGAGUUUAAAAAUUUAACUCCAACAUCAAUGGUCAGCCGGUCUCCAUCUGAUUUUAAAGACAUGACUCUAGCAUCAAUGGUCGACAUGUCAUCAGCUGAAAUUCACAAAAUUACAUCCACACCAAUAGAUGUUAACGAUAUCACUACAGCAGAUCAUAGUAUUAUUUCUUCAGAAGAUAUGUCGUUAGUUUCCGAAGAAAAUGUAUACUAUAAUGAUAAACGAACAAUCUUUCAAGGAUUAGAUACUAAUCUACAACCAAGCGAACGACGAGAAACAACACUCUUUGAUGUGACCGAUGCUUCAUUGAUAAAUGAGGCGAACGUGAAACUUUGUGAUGGAACUACUGCCAUGUUGUGUGAUGAAAAUAUUACAGACAUCAUGAUAAAUGAAACCAUCAAUACAGGAGAUCUGAACAUUAAAGAAUAUCAAAAAUCAGAUUUUGCUGACACAGAAGAAAUGAAAUUCAUGAAAGCCAUGAUUGAGGAACAGAAUCAGCAGAUAGAAUUUUUUGAAGCUGAACUUGAAGGUAUUAAUAAAGAAACCCAAAGUCUGAGAGAGAUGCGUGAUUAUUUGAUAAAGGAAAAAGCAGAAAUAGAACAGAAAAUUCGCGACGCAAAACGACUUGUAGAAGGAACUCAAUGUUAUACUGAGAAGGACCUCAAUGAGGUACAAGAACAAUAUAGGAUUCUCAUUGAUAAACAUAAAUGGUUCCCUAAAAAGUUAUCUGAAGAACUUGUGCAUUUAGUAUAUGAUGAAACUGUGCAGGUUAAAAUUGAUACAAGAGAUCCGUGUAAACGUGACGACACAAAUAUACCCUUUGUUGAAGUAUCACUCGAUUUAAAUGACGAUAUGAAGUACGAUGAAAAAUUAUACUACCAAGCUAUUUUUGGUGGAAUUCAAAAAUUUGCUUUGAAUUAUAAAGGAACAAUAGAAAUCGCGGCAUGUUCCAGAAUCGUAAAGCCAAUAGCCACUUAUUGGAGAAAUUCGAAACAACUUUAUAGGGAUUAUCGUGUUCUAAGAUUUAAAUUACCUACAGAAAUUAUUGAUAGUCAAAUCAUUAAUAAUGAAAAAUCAAUAAUAAUGAUGAUCAGGGUAAAUUUUUUUAAUUAUAAAGCAAAAACAAAUUUUUAUAUAAAAUUUCUUUUUCGAUGGGAGGACGUUAUUAGUUAUCCAAAUAUUUCAAACCUUUUAUGGGAAAUUGAAGUUAUUUAUGGUAAAGUAAAGUAAGUAAAUACUAAAUAAUAAUUUUUUUUUUUAAUUUAUUUAAACGAAUUUUACUCGCGAUUUAUACUUGUUAUUUUUUAAUUAUUUAGCAAUCCAUUUAUAAAAGAAACACUUAACAAACAUCUUUCAAGUAAUGUCCUCGGAUGUAUUAGAGAUUCUUGUGUUGUUAUACAAAAAAAUGGAUUUGUUUUCUGAACAAUUUUUUUUUUCUUCAUAAUUACUGUCAUUCUAUUAUUUAUCGAGUAAUUGUCAAAGGAAUUGAAAAUAAAGUUUAAGGCUAAACAAGUUUGAAACGAAACAGCACGAUGAAAGGUAUAUAGAAGUAACAAAUGA